AUGUUUAAUGCCACCCAACCUACCACUCAACCUACCGAUUUGUUUAAUGGCAUAACUCAAACUACUGAAUUACCUGAUGGCCAUGCACAUGAUUUGUUUUUUCAGGAUGAAGACAAACACAAAGAACAAUUGUUACUCUUUGAGGAUGAUGAAAGUGAUAUUGGGUCCGACACUGAAGGCUCCGACACAGAAUCAGGCAAAAACCUUUGCCUGUUUUGUGAAGAAGAGAUGCCAGUCAAACCUUCCGCUAAACUUCUCGCAAUGCAGGCCGAACUCCUUGCUAUGCCCACCACUCAGGGUCGCCUUCCGCCGCUUAGACUUGCAUUGCAAUGUUCUUUCAAAGAUAAUAACACGUGA